AUGGCCGCCGCCUACAGAGCCGUCGAGCGUAUACACGCCCCCCUCACCCAUCCACUGGUCGACAUGAACCCGGCCAUCGCGCACAAGAAGCUCUACUGGUCCUCGUCGUUCCAGAAAAUGCAGGAAGACAUGGUUGCCAACACCAACAGGGACUACUCAGACAUAAAGACGCACUACCCGCGGCGGCGUGAUGUCGAUGAUCUUAUUGUCCUCAAUGUCUACACCACCAACAGCCCCACCCCCGCCUGGGGUCUGGGCCCCUCCCCUCUCUCGCCGCUCUACCUCCACUACCCAGCGCCUCACCCGGCAGACCACACCCUCCCAAAGCUGCCUAUGCCCAAGGUGUCGGCGCUGCAAUCGAUCAGCACCAACCACGCCGGCAGCGACAAACCGGCGCCUGACCGUCCGUCCAUGCUACAGUACUUCCUGGACCGCAAAGACUUCACAACCCGCCAGAGCACGACCACGACCUGCGUCCGCUUCCUCGAAGAGUAUGCCGAAUGGCGCCUCAUCUUCGGCCCCGCCGAGAACGCCGGUGACUCUGAUGCCGUGCCUGCGUCCGAGAAGACGCUCCGCCAGAAGUUGGGGCUUAAGGCUUGUGCAACUAAGGUCACAAGAGCGCUGGGGGAAGAUACUAUUGCUGCGCGGAUCUACGCUGCUCCGCGUGUCCGCGCCGUCAGCAAGGCCCGCUUUUCCUCUACCACUCCGGAUGGGGGGGAUAGGAGCGUUGUCGCCCCGGCGUUGUACAUGGCCGGGCAGGAGAUCAGCGGUGAACCCGGGGUGAUCCUGCACUACUCGAAGAGCGCGAAUAGACGCCGGAAGUACUGGUGGGUCUGGGAGGGGUCCUCGUGGAGCUGCGUGUACGACCCCGACGGCACGACGGAGUGGCGCGAGGGCUACCGCGGGUCGGGGGAGAGCGCGGCGAGGAGGAGGGAGAGGGAGCUGGCAGAGGCAGAGGCGGUGGGGUGUGCGAGCGCAGGCGUGGAUGAUAGUAAGGAUAGUAAGCGUUCAUCCACUGCGUCGGGGGUCGAUGAGUUGAACUGCACGGUUAUCAAGCUCUAUAACUCGGACUAUCCUGAGCCGGUUGCGGCAAUUGAACUGGGAGCAGGGCAGAUGUGGAUCCAGAAGACGAUCGUGCUGGAGACUAUCGAUGUGGCUGUGGCAGUCAUAUUCGCCAUCGUCAACAUGGAGCGUGCUGUCAGGGACGAGCGUGCCGCCAGGGCUACAAAUGGGCGCAAAGGUUUCAUCAAGAGGCACUUCUCGUUGUGA